UUGACAACAUGGCAAAAUUCACUAGCAGCCGGUCUCGGCUGAUUUCAAAAUAAAAUAUAUAUUUUUUAAUCAUUUUAAGAUAUUUUGCAAGUGCUGCUAGGAUUAUAACUAAAGUACUUAAAUUAUAACUCAUUAUUUCAUUAAUUCUCUGUACAGUAUUACCACAUUUCGAAUUUAUUCGAAGGAAACUAUAUAAACACACCCAGAAAAAUUUGCUCACGUCCAGAUUAACAAUGUUUUAAGGAAAACUCCAGCGUUUUGACUCACCAUCAAACAAUAUGUUACCUCUGUCGCACAAAGACAAUUACCAUAGGGGUUUCGGGUCCAGGAUAAAAGAAAAAGUCAACGGCUAUGCUAGAUUAAUAUUCUCUGAUCGAAACUCUAGGAAUCUAUUUUUGUUUUUAAUGCUAAACUUCUCGUUCGCUUUUGUGGAACUAAUAUAUGGUGUCUGGAGUAACAGCUUAGGUUUGAUUUCGGAUUCAUUUCAUAUGUUUUUUGACUGUACGGGCCUUAUUGCUGGACUUUUUGCUUCAGUAAUUACAAAAUGGAAAGCAAACGAUAAGUAUUCCUAUGGUUAUGUCAGAGCAGAAAUUCUGGCUGGUUUUGUAAAUGGGUUGUUUUUACUUUUUAUAUCCUUUUUCUUAAUGUCAGAGGCAGUAGAAAGGGCCAUAGAACCACCAGAAGUGAAACAUGAGCGAUUAUUUGUGAUAUCUGUACUAGGUCUCUUAGUAAACCUUGUCGGAAUAUAUGCUUUCCAACAUGGUCACGGACAUGGGCAUUCUCACGGAGGCGGUUCUCAUGGUCACAAUCACUCACAUGGAGGCUCUUCACAUGGUCAUUCACACAAUAACCAUUCACAUGACUUCACAAUGGACAUAGAUACUUCAGGGGGUAACUCUCAAAUUAUGAAAGGAGUGUUUUUGCAUAUUUUAGCAGAUACUUUAGGGAGUGUAGGUGUAAUAAUUUCAGCAGUUUUGAUGCAAAUGUUCGGCUGGAUGAUAGCCGAUCCUAUUUGUUCGAUGUUUAUCGCGUUGCUGAUCGCUCUUAGUGUUCUAGCCCUUAUAAAAGACUCCUUAGCUAUAUUAAUGCAAAGACAGCCCCACGCUUUGGACAAUGUUUUGCCCCAGUGCUACCAAAAGGUAAUAAGUUUGGCAGGGGUGUAUUCGGUGCAGGAGCCCCACUUUUGGACAUUGUGCAGUGACGUUUAUGUGGGUGCUAUAAAAUUAGAAGUGUCGAAAAACGUGGAUCCAAAGUACGUGGUGCAACACACCCAAAUGAUUUUCGCUUCUGUGGGAGUCAAGCAACUCUACGUACAGUUGGACUAUACGCCCAUGUGAUGGUAGUUUUUGAAGUAGAUAGUGAUUUCAAAAGAUCGCACUGACAAAAGUUUAAAAGAAUCGUGUAUUAAACUAUAAAACUAAAAAUAAAAUAGACUUGUUA